CAAGACAUUCAUAUACAGUGAACAUAUAUUGUAGGUGCUUUAAUUAAUUUAUACAAAGUUAUUAGUAGUUGCGGUUAUUUCGCUGGAGCAUGAACGCUGCUGCCAGCCACAGCUGAACGAUGUAAACAAAUGAGGGCAGCGUGUCUAUUAUAUUCAGAUUGAAUUUUUCCCGUCAAGUCUGUGAAUGUGGCAAUGGACAAAUAUCUGGUGACUCCCAAAAGAAAAAUGACUGAUGAUAUUACAGAAAAUUUUGAUGCAAAUGGAGAUAUAAAGAAAUCUAAAGGCAACCAUGUUCGAAGUGAAGGAUUUGCAAUUACAGAAGUGCGUGGGGAUUUGUUCACCUGUCCAGAUGGAACAUCCCUUGCUCAUUGCAUAUCACAAGAUAUUCGGAUGGGCAAGGGUAUUGCUAGUCUUUUUAAGGCCAAAUUUGGUGGUGUGCAGGAGCUGACAGAGCAGGGCAAGAAACCAGGUGAUGUUGCCGUUCUGAAACGGGGCCAAAGAUACGUGUAUUAUUUAGUCACUAAGGUAUGUGUACUUUUUUGUGCUGACUUUCCUUGCAGUAUGUGGUGGUGAUCUAUUUUUACAUCU